AAGAAAGCACAGCGUGAGUCGGGGCAGGCGGGGUGCGGCAGCCUGCAAGCACCACGCGCGCACGGGAUGGGCCCCGCGCGCGCAGAGCAGGCGGGCGCACGGCCCAAUCCCGCACAUCGCCAAGUCUACUCUACAGGCCUACUUUCAUCCACUUGUGAAUUCCCGCCUUGUCCUUUUGUGUCUAUGCCUUUUAUGUUAUUGUAGAGGGUUUUCCAAUAGUCUGCUAAGUUUUACUUUUCAUUUAAAAAUUUGUACGAGUGUUUCGGAUGAAAACCCCUACUUUCUAAUACAAAGAGAGUGAUCAUUAGCAAACAACUAUUCUCCCCUGAAAUUAAUGCAUCAAAAAUCCCUCUUAGGAAGGCAGUACCACAUAGAUGAAAUGGGUUCUACUUGUGAAUUUUAUUCUAAUUUUUACCAAUUUAGCCGAAAAACUCGAAAACUCUAGGUCUAUCUGUAUCACAUUCUAACAAGCUCAAAGCCUUAAAAUUAUGAGUGAUCUGAAUAUGUGAACAUGGGGCAUCAAAUUAUCUUACAUUUUCUUUAUGCCAUAUUCACCUUUUUGUAGGGUAGGGACAAACUUUAAUAUUUAGGAUUAUUGUUUAGUUUUGGGUGAAACUUUUUGAGCUAAGAGUGAUUUGACAAAUAUAAUAUAUAUCCUGGUACAGUGAGCCGUUAUGAAAAGAUGGGCAGUUUGUGUUAACAUUUUGUACUUCCAAAUGAAAAAGUCAAGAUUUGUCCCAUAUUACUUGCCAGAUUUCUGCUUUUUUCCUGGCCCUUCUCCUCAUGGAUUUCCCUAGCAUCUGCUACUGUAUUGUGAAUCACAUCGUGGACUAGAAGCACUCUGAGGGCAAGAAUUACCUCCUAAGAGAACACAUUUCCAGAUUCAUGGCUGUGUUUCCUAUGGUCUGUCUGUGUUUGAUGGCUUUAUAGUAAACAGCUAUAGUGGCUAAAAAGAGUACACUAUUUGCUUUAAAAAAAAACAACAACUGAGAGAUGGCCAGAGGAAACCUUCCACUCUUAACAUUACAGAAUUUAUCUCAGAUGUUCGACAGUGUCCCUUAAAACUUUGUUGACACCACAUCACUCUUCCAAUGAAUAUUAUGCCUUUUCAGGAAUAGGAUAAUCUCUAAUAUCAAGCAUUUGUUUUCAGUAAGUUUUUCUAUUAAGUAAAUUAGCAAAGAUGUUUAAAAAAUACCCUGGUACAGCUUUUAAAUAAUCUUAGGAGGAACUGAAUGUUAAAAUUAGGGAACUUGGAAUUUUCUAAAUCAAGGCCAUUUCCUUUAAUUAAAGGCAAAUUUUAAAUUAUAGUAUCCCCCAAAAUAAGCUAUGUGGAAAUUUUAAGAUAUAAUUACUCCUGUAUUCUUCAUAAUAAUUCACAAUGUCAUAGAAAAUAAAUCAUGAACUCUUGACCUCUUUCAGUUUCUGAUUAUAAUGAGCUAACUUAUAGUCACUUUUGAUUUUCUAUUGCCACAUAAAGAUUUCCAUUGCAUGGCAUACAUUUUUUUAAAAAUACUGAGCAAUACUGCUAGUGGUUUUAUAUCAUUCUGUUAACAAGGAUUGAUUAUUUCAUUGCACUUAAAACUGUAAUAGCUCCAAGAUCAAAAGUUUUGACUAAUUUCAAGACUACCAUCUCUUUCUGUUCAUUCUGAUAUAUUUAUGUCAUAUAAAUACACAAUUGCAGGGCAACAAUAAAAUCCUAAGUGGGAAGUGGGUCUGGUACUGUGAAUGUCAUAGUCUGGGUAGGUGAAAACUCUUUAGCUGACAUCUGUGAACUUCUGAGGAGGUGGGGGGCCAUAGCUUUCUUAAAAGAAUAAACCCCAAAAGAUAAGAUAGUCAUAUAGAACAUUUCUGAUUAAGAAGCAUCCUGCUGAAUAUUAGUUAUCUCAAACACUACCACUUCAAUAGGGAAGGAAAUUGAAUUAUUAGGAAAUUUCAACUUUGACUUUUGUUUUGCCUAACUAAAGUUUAAAUCCUAGGAUAAAAGUUAUACAACCGGACUUACACGCACUAAAAUAAACGGCCUUAUUUUUAAAAAUAUUUCGCUUAAAUAAAUGAGGAAUGCUAUAAUCAUAUCCUGACUUCUCUACAUAAUAACAAGUUAAUUUUGCCAGAAUAAUUCCCAUGGGUAUGGUUUGACAUCAAUAAGCAUUUACACUUUUAAGAUGCAACCAUACUAUCUUAGCAAAUGUUCGACACUGACAGGAGAUAAACAGCUAGUUUCCUUAAACUGGUAUCUCCAAAAGUAAGACUAGUAUUUAGAAUUUCUGAAAAAGUAUUUCUUGAAAAUCUAAGUGGUUUAAGGCAACAGCAAUAAUUUGGAAAAUUUAGGUCUCUGCUUAACUGUCAAGUAGGGGAGGUGGGACAAUGGCAUUGGCCACAUUCCCAUCCUAUUCUGUUAAGUCAGAGUAUAUGGAAGAAUUCCUCCAUAGAAUUGCUAGAAACCAAUUUCCAGUCAAACUGUUAGUAGUGCCUCUGAAAUUUAAAUAGGUUUAGUCAAUGAACCUAGAAAAAGGGGCCUCUGUUUCUUUAUGAAGCAGGUGGGUUCCAACUUCUGCCUGCUGCUCAAAUAAAGUUCUAAUUAGUUCCUCUCAAUUCCUUAAAUACAGAUGCAUAUUGCACAAGUAUAAAAAUUAUUUGUCUGGGUUUUGUUUUAAAUUCUGUUCUCUGAUUUUUCAUCUGGGAGCUGAUCGUCUAGAUACAGCCAUUUUCACUACACAAUCUUGUAGUGGAAGGCGUCCAGUUCAGAAUGAGUUCUAGUCAAAUUUAGACUAUACUCUGCCAAACCUAUGUUUACAUGCUACAAAUGGCUAUGUGCAAGUAUGCAUAUAUUAACAAAACCAUGUGUCUUCCUAGAUAUUUUCAACAGUUUUGUGACAGGUGAAAAAAGGAGGUAUAGCGAUCAGAAUUUGCACAAAAUAUUCUGGGCACCUAGACCUGGAUUUCAUGAGUAUGGUACUAAUUUAUUCUUAAUUAAUAUUUGGGGGGUUUCUAUUUCAGCAACACUUUACCCACAAAUCACCAAUAAAGUAGGUCAAGUAAUACUUCUCACAUGGAAUUACUACUUCCUUCCUCCUCUAGUUUAAUGUCACCACAGAGUACAUGGAUCAGAUUUUCCGUCGGUCUGACGCAGGGUGUACGGGAACAGACGUGGUGGUACAGAGGCAAGAAACAAGCUAACUCUUAAGUAAGAAUAGGGAAAGUAAGAGUUCUGAUUUUGGCCAAAACCUUUGUAUGGGCUAAGUUAUAGCAGUAUCUUUCCACUUACACUUCCAUUUUAUGAUUAAGGACUUUCUAAUUAAACCGAUUGACCUAUGAAAGAAGGCAGAAGAUUGACUAGCACAGACUAGACAUCCAAUAGUGAUUUUAAGUGGUUUUUUCCCCUUUCUAAUUCGUAGCAUAUUAGAUUUUUUUUUUUUUCAGAAAAAGAAAGCCACAGUCCUAUGGUGAUGCCAAAUUUUGAGGUUUUUUAAAAAAAUCUUUUUGAGGUUCGUUUUGAAACAGAAGGCAGAUUAUCCCCCAAAUCAUCCUGGACACUUAUUUGAGCUUCUACAACACAUAGACGACCUUUACUGUGCUAUAUAUAUAUAUUUGAUUGCUAGGUAUAAUGAAUACUCUAAACCAGGAGAUUUUGUUUAAUGAGUAGUAACUUUGAAAGACAUUUAUUUUAACUUUCCAAAACUGAAGAGAACUAUCCAUGGCCUUCUCAAAAAGCUUAUAAAAUAAUGCACCCAUUUAAAAAAAUAAAUUUUGCAUUCCACUUUUGAGCAUGGAAUUUAGUUAUAUUGUAGACCUGGGACCUCCAAUAAAAUCCAGUCACAAGCUAACAUAUUUAUAAGGCUGUAAACAAAGGCACUCUUUGCCCAUUCACAACAUUAAAAGGCCUAAUUAACUACUGUGGAACUCAAGUCUCAUGUAGCCCAUAGAAAAGUAUUAGAGAAAGGUUUUUUUCCCCCGUUUUAAUCCAUGAGAACCAUAUCCUUUAUUUACCCUGUAGGACGAAAAGAUGUCCUUUUUAGCAAAUCCUACUGUUCUGCCAUUUUGCAUUUGAAACACAGCCCAAGUGUUCUGAGUAAGUGAAGUGUACAAAUUGUAUAAGCUUUUAUAUAAGCAAUGGCCUAACUGGGGGUUGCAAUGGGCUGGAGAAACUUUUAAUUGGAUCCGUUUAAUAUUCUCCAACUCUGAGCUGCAUAAUUCCAAAAGGUGACAUCGCCUCCUACCAUCCUUUUCAAUUAACUGUGAUUAUGUUUAUUAUCAGAAAAUGUAUUUUGCCAAAGGAUAAGCGAUUUAUCCCUCUCAGCUUAUUACACAAGGAAAUUCACGAGGUUUUGAUACCUAUUUCAAUAAUGUGUACUUGUCCUAACUGAAAAAAAAAAGAAGGGAACUCUGCCAUUUAAUAUACACAAUUGGUUUUGCAAAUAUUCUUAAAUAUUCAAAUAAGGUGAAUUUUGUUCACAGCCAGCCUACUGUAUAGGUCAUACACCUUAGUGCAAAUCGGUGACCCGGUACUGCCAUUCUUAGGAGUAAAGUAGCUGCUAACUUAGCAACUAUACGAAUAUACCCUUCAAUUGUAUUUUUCAAAACGUAGACUUCAUUGUUCAUUUCUAAAAUGUUUUCCUAGUAAUUUGUCCAAAGAUCUCCAGGUCCACAAUGACUACCAUUCUUUUGCUCGCAAACCGAUACUUUAAGGAACCGAAUGAAAACUAGGAAGAAAAACCCACACCCUCUGGACCCCACCUGUAUCAGGUGACCUCCCCGCUCCCAUAACUAAGGCGUUUCCAAAUGCACCCCAAAUAAGGUACAAUUCCCCAACAUCCUGGUUAUGGGGUUCUGGCUUCUAUCUUUAGGCUACUAGAGGACCAGAAGUGAAAUACGACUCCACGUGAAACCAAUCCGGGGAGCAGUCAGCACCGACCGCCAGCCUCACAAGCCCAGGGCGUUCGCUCUAACUCCACGGGAGUGGCGAUUUCAAACCCAGCUGGGAGAGGGAGGGAUCAGGAACGUAAUGUGACAGGCUCAAGUGACAGCGUCCUCUCUCCAGCCCAACCCUCCCGGGCGGUGCUCCCUCCUAAUGGCAGUGCAGCGCCGGCCAGGUAUAUUCACGCUUUGCUCCCCCGGUGUGGACACCGCCCGCUCCAAGAACCAGGUGCGCCUGGUAAUUGCUGAAAAGGCAUUGAAGUGCGAGGAACAUGAUGUAAGUCUGCCCCUGAGUGAGCACAAUGAGCCUUGGUUUAUGCGUUUGAACUCAACUGGAGAAGUGCCUGUCCUUAUCCACGGGGAAAACAUUAUUUGUGAGGCCACUCAGAUCAUUGAUUAUCUUGAACAGACUUUCCUGGAUGAGAAAACACCCAGGUUGAUGCCUGAUAAAGGAAGCAUGUAUUACCCACGGGUGCAACAUUAUCGAGAACUGCUUGACUCCUUGCCCAUGGAUGCCUAUACACAUGGCUGCAUUUUACAUCCUGAGCUAACUGUGGACUCCAUGAUCCCAGCUUAUGCAACAACACGGAUUCGCAGCCAAAUUGGUAACACAGAGUCUGAACUGAAAAAACUUGCUGAAGAAAACCCAGAUCUACAAGAGGCAUACAUUGCAAAACAGAAGCGACUGAAAUCAAAGCUGCUUGACCAUGACAAUGUCAAAUAUUUGAAGAAAAUUCUUGACGAAUUGGAGAAAGUCUUGGAUCAGGUUGAAACUGAGUUGCAAAGAAGAAACGAAGAAACCCCAGAAGAGGGCCGCCAGCCUUGGCUCUGCGGAGAGUCCUUCACCUUGGCCGACGUCUCGCUCGCUGUCACAUUGCAUCGACUGAAGUUCCUGGGGUUUGCGAGGAGAAACUGGGGAAACGGAAAGCGACCGAACUUGGAAACCUAUUACGAGCGUGUCUUGAAGAGAAAAACAUUUAACAAGGUUUUAGGACAUGUCAACAAUAUAUUAAUCUCCGCAGUGCUGCCAACAGCGUUCCGGGUGGCCAAGAAAAGGGCCCCAAAAGUUCUUGGCACCACCCUUGUGGUUGGUUUGCUUGCAGGAAUGGGAUAUUUUGCUUUUAUGCUUUUCAGAAAGAGACUUGGCAGCAUGGUAUUAGCACUUAGACCCAGACCCAAUUAUUUCUAGGCUGGUCGAGAUCUAGGGGUGGCAACUUCCUGCUAGACCUCUGUCCACUGUUCCAGGCCCGGGGAAGAAUGGCCCUGGGCAACUAGUAAAAAGCAUAAUUUACUUUACUCUUUGGGUAGUUUAUGUGGGGAGAGGAGGCAAUGAAAAUGUUUUUGUGGGCUGGCAACUUUGAGCUAAUCCAUCCUUAAAACAUGUGCAAGGUUAAGAUAUAUAAACACUGUCAGGUGGAGAAUACACCUUUAUCUCCAAAUGCCAGGUCAAGUUCUGAGUUAUUUUUUGGGAGAAGGUUAUUACAAUGAACAGACAGUAAUAAUAACCUGUGGUGGCCCAUCUGGGACUGUCUGGACGUGCUGAGGGUUGAAUAGUUAGCAGUUUUCCCUUAGAAUUCAGAAGUCAUCUUUGUUACAAACACGGAUUCAGACAGCAACAGGGCAGAGCAAUGCUUCGUACUACCACUGCUAGCUUCAGACAGAAAUAAGGGAGAAAAAGGGAAAAGGGAGAAGGGGGAAAAAGGGAGAAUGAAGUUUAUACGGUGAAGAGCAGUAGAAUGCAGCCUCCAGGUGCCUCCAAUACCACUCAUGGCUGCCUGUCCCCUUAAGUAAACAUUACAUGUGACUACUUGUGGCCACUGCCCACACAUCCUCCUGUAACUGAGAACCCUUGGGAAAAGAAGACAAAGGAGUUAGACAGGGCGUUUUCUUGGGAAAGGAAAACCGCCGGCUUCACGUUUACACACCUCACCUGACCUUAGUGUUAAUUUUAAAUCCGUAUGACUCACACUCCUUGUUUUAAUGAGAUUAACUGCUUAUGUACUUGGAUGUGAGAUGCCCAUGGGAACAUGUCUGCCUGGCAUUUACAUGAAAAUCUGAAGUGAUGUCAAAAUGGCUCUUUUCUCUUCCUCCUGGUUCCCCAAUUCAAUGGUGCCUAUGAGAUAUCACUCCUGUCGACCAUCGUGUCCAGUCACUAGGGGACGUGGCCUCUACAGCCCCUUGUAUGCACACAGCUAAUGUCCCACCUAAUCACUAGCAUGGAAUGUGGCUGGAUAGUGAGUAUUUUGGUGACUGAGAGUACUAAAUAUGCUCUUUCUGCAUUUGGGAAGGCUGGUGUGUUAACACAAAAACUGUUUUCUAUGCCUUGCAUCUGUUUAUUGUCAUCAACAAAGCCUUAAAAGGUUACAGAGAAAGGAAUGUGUAGUCUUAACCCUUGGCAGUUAAUUUAGGGGAGAAGAAAUAAGUGGCUAGAUAGUGAUGUCCACCAAUAUUCAUUCAUGAUUGUCUAGGCAUUUUGGGGGGUACGUCAGUCUACUGGGAAGGGACAAUCCCAGUGUGUCCCAUGGACACCCAUGGAACUGCAUCAUUGAGUGUGUGCUCAGGAGACAGAGUUCGUGGUGACAGGAAGACGGAGUUUCUCUGGAGCUGGCCAGAAAGGCCUUGGGAGCAGUUUCAGGCAUGUGAUGGGAAGUGUGAGUAGAGAAUGAUGAGUUAGGGUUCCAGCAAACACCAGAAGCUUAUUUGGACUGCCUUGGGUUGGUUGUGCAAAACAGCUGAAGAAGGGACUGACUUUUUCAUUCAUAAGAAACAGUCGUACUUAGGAAACAAUGACUUUUUGAUGGUAAAACGAUUCUAUAAUCCAUUUCAUGACCUAGUUGUUUUAGGAAAUCUUAAUGAACUGGAUGUUCCCUGUUUACAGAAAAUUAGUAACAUCUCCAGUGUAAACUCAAUCCAGUAAUAAUGAACAGACUGAUAGCCUUUAUAAUGUCUUAAUUUUGUACCUCAGCAUAUUGUCAUAUAAAGUAUCUGAACUCAUUUGUCGCUGGGACAUUCCAAUCCAUGUAUUCAUAAAGAGCCACAAAAUGAUUAUUUAGUAGUUCAUAGUGUUUCAGAGUUAUGUCACCCUGUUAGAAGCAAGAACUCAGACACGAAGAAAUCAAACUGGGUUUUUAUAAAAAUCUGCAAAGAUUAUUUGCCUGUGUAAGGGUUGUUGAUAAAGAAUCAAGAUUGGAAGCCCAGUGCUGGCCUUUCCUUAAAUGUAUGUUAUUAUUGAAUCAGAGGAAAUCUACUAGGAAGCAUUUAUAAUUUUCUGACACGGUUUCACCGGAAGUUUGCUUGCGUCAAUAUCAAAGAUGACGUAUCGUGGCAGUUUCUCUUGUUUCAUGGAUACCUUUGAGUUUAUACUUUUAAAAUGUUUGUCUAGGGAUGUAAUGACCACUAGAUGUUGCUGUUCAUCCAGUAGUCUGAGAUCGGGUGUUCUUAAGAUUCAGCAAGCCUCCUGAACUGUUUCACGUGAAGAUAAACAUUGAUGACCUUACUUUCGGAAAUGAGGGCAUCUUCAUCAGAUCAUUCAUCUGUAAAAAAGCUUGAGGCACGUGUAAUAUUGAUUUCUAAUGCUUGCAAGGGAUAACAGUACCACACAAUGUCAACCUAAAGAGCUGAACAGAUACUGUUAGCAAAAUAGGCACUUUUAUGUAUUUUCUUUUUCACGAUCCUUGGUGACUGGCCAAUGUACUCCUCAAUUUCUAAAAUUUGUAUAAACACCACUGUUAGAAAAAUGCCUGAGGUACUAAAUUUAUGUUGGCUAUUUAUGUCUUAACUCGUAAAUACCUUCUUAUUGUUAUUGCAAUUAUAUGCGUUUUGAAUCCAGAUAGUUGUAAAUUGCUUGCUCGAUUUUUAGUAAUUACUGAUAUUGACACCAGAGUUGUAGAUUUUUUGGUGUUGUUAAAUAUAAUAGAGAGAUCAAGAUACUAUUCUGCCUGUAAGAUCAAUAAAAGUAACUAGAA